UCCAGCGGCGCGCGGAUGGCGCGGGUUCGCUCAAUGGGCUUGCAAUCGAAAGAGUCCAGUUGCGUUCAGGUAUUAUGCGAGAUCGGGUGCUGGAUCGGUGCAAGCAACCAAGCACAAGGAUCGAUUGUCACUAGUUAUGUAAUAUCGCGUGAAAACGGGUUCAAGUUUCGGUUUCCGCAAAUUAGGUGUUUUCUCUGUAAUAUGAAGAAGCUACGAUUGGUGCGCAUAGUGAUUCAGCGUGUGUUGAUUACUGGGGCAGUGUUUUGGGCGGCGAUGUUAGUGAUCCAAUUUACGGCUAUUACUCCGAAAGCGGUUUUCAGUCCGUGCAAACGCGUAUGCAAUCGUGCCGAUUGGCCCCGGAUCUGUCGCUAUCGGUUGGUUAUAGAAAAAUUCUCGCUUCCCAAAUUCUCCGUCUUUAAUUUCAGAGUGGAUCAUAAAAAUAUAAUUAGCCAUCUGAAUAAAACAGCUGACGGUGACGCUGAUGCUGGUAAAACAAACCGCCCGCUCGAAAGCUACUAUUUCCUUGUCAACGGGCAUCACACCGGACCGCCGUUGGAGGUAUGCAAGAAUGAUUUUCUCGUGAUUGAUGUGGAAAAUCGCAUCCCCGGACGGAGCAUCUCGCUGCAUUGGACCGGGCAAACACAACAGCGUACACCGUUCAUGGACGGCGUGCCAAUGAUAUCGCAAUGCCCUAUCACCAGCUACACGACGUUCCAGUAUAAAUUUCAAGUGAACCGCGUGGGAACGCACCUUUACUACGGGUUUUCCAACGAGGAACGAAAGCUGGGCCUGGUCGGUGCCCUCGUAGUGCGCUCCUCGCAUGAACAAAGCCAACACCCGUUGACAAGCCAGUGUCAGGAUGAUUUGAUUUGGUUGAUUUCGGAAGUGAACGGAGCGUUCUUGAUCAACGGAAACCGUACCAUGGUCAUGGAGGUGCAUCCUGAACGACGGUAUCGUGUACGGGUGGCCUACACGGCACCGGUUGGUACUCGAAAGCACUACCAGCGCUGGCUGCAAAUUCAGGAUCACAACGUGACGGUGAUAGCUCUGGAUGGAAAUUUAGUAGAGCCACUUAUGGUGAGCCGUGUUGCUCUCUCCGAUGGUAACCGGGUCGAUCUCGUUGUACACACUACCAGUGUGUACGGAGUAGAACAGGAUUAUGAAAUUCAACUUGUUGCCACCGGUGGAGGUGCUAAUUCGGUAUAUGGCGACGACGAAGAAAACGUGUGCCAUCUACAUCGCCGGGAGAAGCUGCCGUUCACUCAUGGUUCAACAAACAAUUUUAGAUUAAAGUAUGUGCGAUCCGAGCCAUCUGAUUCAGCGGCACUGCGGCCGGGCAGUGGUAGAUUUUCGUCUGCAAUAUCGGAAGCAAUAUUCUCCAUAUCACCAGCAAAACCACCGAGCACCAGAAGGCACUUAGGGUUCAACGUGGGCCGUACGGUGUGUAGCAACAGUUCAGACGACGACGACGACGAUGACGAUGGCGACGUGGUAGUGUCCUAUCCACUGGGAGCUCGCAAUCGCCAGGACAAACUUUGCCUGCUUAAUGUUAGGACCAGAGCCGCCACCGACGGCAGGAAUAGUUUUCCACCGGCACUGCGUGAAGCGGAAAGACAGAUUAGCUUGGUGCUCACCAAGCGGAAAGUCGAGAGGGAAAUUUUCGGAGAACGCUUCCAUGAUUUGUCCUACAGUGUGAACGGUUUCAGCUUCACUUAUCCAUCGGUUCUUAUGAUACAUCGAAAACUCGACGAUGGCGCUGAUUUGAAGGACAAUAUAUGCAGCAAUAGUAGCGGCUUCAGACGGAUGCCAGAAAAAUGUCACCAGAGCGCGGAUGAGAGUUGCGAAUGUGUUCAUGUUGAGACUGUGGAGCUUGGCCAACGCGUCGAGCUGGUAAUAGUGAAUAAAGAUAAUGAUUCUGCCCACACGUACCACCUACACGGGUAUUCGUUUUUCGUGAUAGCAUCGGCCCGACUAUCCAAACACGAGACUUGGCAAACCCAGGUGCAUAAUUUGGCUCGUAACUAUGAUCGACCUGUGCUGUUGGAUACAGUUCGAGUGGAGAGGGGCUCAAUAGUUGUGUUGCAGUUCGUUGCAGCACACGCAGGGCUAUGGAUGUUACGAGAUCUUGAUGCGCAGGGAUGGAGUAGAGGAUUGGAUGUGCUACUCAAUGUGCGACCGUUAGAGUCAAAUUUUGAACUUCCGGAAGAUUUUCCAAAAUGCAGGCAUUUUGUUGGACCAAAGUAUUUUCUGAUUUAAAUACAUCAUUAUU